CAACUUACAUUGUCUCUCCUCUGCUUUCAGGAUCUGGUUACUAUGUGCAGUCCAGAGAUGAAUUGCUGUAAAGGGCUUGGCUACAUCAGGAACUAGAAACAUAGAAGGCAAGUCAGGAAAAACAAAACUGUAGACUCCAUUGCUGACCGGCUCAAACAGUAUCAGUAGUGGAUAAUUAUGACAGUACAGCAAGUUCUGUUACUUCUACUGCUCUGGAUGUGGCUGCUGCAUCCCUGCCGUACAGAAAUGCUGUUCAGAAGGACUCCUGAUCUCAGACCUAAAGGCUCUGUUGGACGUGCAUCAGGGAGUGACGGAAAAGCACUUCACCGCCAGAAGCGAGGCUGGAUGUGGAACCAGUUUUUCCUUUUAGAGGAAUACACAGGAUCUGACUAUCAGUAUGUAGGCAAGCUUCAUUCUGACCAGGAUAAGGGAGAUGGAUCCCUCAAAUACAUUCUGUCAGGAGAUGGGGCUGGUACUCUUUUUAUAAUUGAUGAGAAAACAGGUGACAUUCAUGCUACUCGGAGAAUUGACAGGGAGGAGAAAGCCUUUUAUACACUGCGUGCCCAAGCUAUUAACAGAAGAACUCUGAGACCAGUGGAACCUGAAUCUGAGUUUGUCAUCAAAAUCCAUGACAUCAAUGACAAUGAACCAACAUUUCCAGAAGAAAUUUAUACUGCUAGUGUUCCUGAAAUGUCAGUAGUGGGUACCUCCGUCGUGCAAGUAACAGCUACGGAUGCAGAUGACCCUUCAUAUGGUAACAGUGCCAGAAUCAUUUACAGCAUACUUCAGGGACAGCCGUAUUUCUCUGUGGAACCAGAAACAGGCAUCAUCCGGACUGCUUUACCAAAUAUGAACAGAGAGAACAGGGAGCAGUACCAAGUGGUUAUCCAGGCAAAGGACAUGGGAGGCCAGAUGGGUGGAUUAUCGGGGACCACCACUGUGAACAUCACUUUGACUGAUGUCAAUGACAAUCCACCUCGAUUUCCCCAGAGUACCAUCCAUCUCCGCAUUCCUGAGUCUUCUCCAGUUGGGACAGCUAUUGGCAGCGUCAAAGCCACAGAUGCAGACAUUGGAAAAAAUGCAGAAGUAGAGUACAGAAUUGUAGAUGGUGAUGGGACAGAUAUGUUUGACAUUGUAACGCAGAGGGACACACAGGAAGGCAUCAUUACUGUGCGGAAGCCAUUGGACUAUGAGACAAGAAGGCUUUAUACCUUGAAAGUAGAAGCUGAGAAUACCCAUGUGGAUCCACGCUUCUAUUACCUUGGGCCUUUCAAAGAUACAACUAUUGUGAAAAUUUCUGUAGAGGAUGUAGAUGAGCCUCCUGUCUUCAGCAGAUCUUCUUACCUUUUUGAGGUUCAUGAAGAUAUUGAGUUGGGGACAAUAAUAGGAACAGUAAUGGCACGAGAUCCUGAUUCAGCUUCAAGCCCUAUAAGGUAAUCUCUG